GGAUAAAAUAGAACAAUCACACAAAUGUGACUCUCUCUGAAAAUCUUAUCUCUUAUAAAUCUCAUCUCUCUCACUCCAUCGAUGUGGGACUAAAAAUAAUAAUGGAAGCUUCAACUCAACUCUUCUCAAAAACCUAUCCACACACCCAACUUCUCACUCUCCCCACCUCCUUCUCCGACCACCACAACCGCCGGAGAACACAUCCAUGGCUUCCCAUUACAACAAGGUCAAACCCCACCAAACUCAUCCUCCGUUCUUCUCUUCAAGAAACUCUCUCCAUUACUGCAAAUCUCGACCUUCAACAACAUUCUUCUUCUUCUUCUUCACUGUUUUUGGUUUCUGAAAGUGUUGUUGGUUACUCAUUGGCCAGUUAUUAUACUUCAUUGGGUCUCUUUGUUAUCUCUGUUCCAGGAUUAUGGUCACUCAUUAAACGCUCUGUCAAAUCAAAGAUAGUUAAGAAGACAUUUAUAGGAGAAGGAGAUGAAGCAAAGAAGGCACCUAACCAAGUGGCUGGGGAGAUUCUUUCAUUCUUUACUCGUAAUAAUUUUGCUGUUACCGAUAGAGGAGAAACCAUUACGUUUGAGGGUGUAAUGACACCAAGUAGAGGCCAAGCAGCUUUACUCACAUUUUGUACUUGCAUAAGCUUGGCUAGUGUUGCACUUGUUCUUACCAUAACAUAUCCAGAUGUGGGCAACAAUUGGUUUUGGCUCACCAUCUUAAGUCCAUUAGCAGGAGCAUACUAUUGGAAAAGAGCUACGAGGACGGAACAGAUCAAGGUGAAAAUGAUAGUCGGAGAAGAUGGGGAGUUGUCGGAGGUCAUCGUUCAAGGGGACGAUCAACAAGUUGACCAGUUGAGAAGAGAGCUUAAGCUUAGUGAGAAGGGUAUGGUGUAUGUCAAAGGCAUUUUUGAAAGAUGAUCAUUUUCACAAACACAAAAAUAUAUUAGAGAAUGAGAAUGAGGCUUAAAUUUUGGGAUAUUGUAUAUAUACUUUCAAAACUAGAGUACAUAGCAUAUGAGUAAACUACUAUUAAGAACUUGAUUGUAUUAUUCAAUUUUGAAUCAAAUUCAAACCUCUUCAAUCUUA